AGAAACGAGCUUUCAGAGAGAGAGAGAGAUCCUGCAGAGGAAAAGUUUAGUUUGUUUUACACAUAGAGAGAGAGAGAGAGAGAGAGAGAGAGAGAGAGGGAGACUCGUGGAGGCUGCGGCGGUGUGAUGCGUGGAAGACAGGUGACAGAUAAUGGCGAGAUGGUGGCGCUACGGCGGUGAUGCGCUCUCCCUUCCCCUCCCGAUCGAUCCAUUCGGAGUGCUCUUAUAGCUCCCUGCAAAGCCCUAGCGAUCUCUUGCUCUGUUCCGUGAUCGUGUAUUCCUUUCCCAGCGUUCAGGUGUCGACGGUGCCGGUGGGGGAGACAUGGCUGAGGUGGCGAAGCUGCUGUACAUAGUGGUGGUUGAUGAAGGAGAGAAGAGGGAGAAAGGCAAGGCGUCGUUCCGGUACACGCGCUCUGUCCUCCAGAGCACUCUCCAGCUCAUGGGAUGCAAACCUCGGCAUGCCUUCAAGAUAAGCCGGAGGGUCUUUGAAUUGAGGAAUGAAUUGUCUGCUGAUGCUUUGCUCGCUGAAGGGACGGAGGUUUCAUCUGGUGCAGAUACUAGGGAACAUUUUGACAAAGGAGGUGGUGCUUUUAGUAGGAGCUCUGUGGUUAAUAAUGAGGUGGACAACCAUGUAAAUAAGGAGAAGUGUGAUAGAAGUAAAAAAAUACCGUUCGAACUGUACAAAAGGCGGACGACCGUGGUUGUUCGAAGGGAGACAUUCCUGGACGUUGUAUGUAGUGCUCUGUCCGAAUAUAAGUACGUGGGCCCGAAUCAAAGAGCUGAUCUGGUUUUAGCAUGCAGAAUUCGAGAAAGGAAAGAGUCUGUAACUGUUCUGCUAUGUGGCACUAGCGGCUGUGGAAAAUCUACUUUGUCUGCACUGCUGGGGAGCAGGCUGGGUAUAACGACAGUAGUAUCAACUGAUUCAAUUAGACACAUGAUGAGGAGUUUCGCGGAUGAGAAGCAAAAUCCUCUGCUUUGGGCUUCCACCUACCAUGCAGGUGAAUGCCUGGAUCCUGUGGCAGUUGCUGAAGCAAAGGCCAAAAGAAAGGCAAAAAAGCGAGCUGGCAUUACUUCAAUUCCUAAGGAUGAGGUAUUGGAGGGUUCUAAAAUUGAGAAAUCAGACACCCAAUCAUCUGAGGUCGUUUCAGCUUCUACUGAAAUGAUCAGUCCAAAACAGAUGGCAAUUGAAGGAUUUAAAGCGCAAAGUGAGAUGGUGAUUGACAGUCUCGAUCGACUGAUCACUGCAUGGGAAGAGCGAAAGGAAUCAGUAGUUGUAGAGGGCGUUCAUUUGAGCCUUAAUUUUGUGAUGGGGCUAAUGAAGAAACAUCCCUCGAUAAUACCAUUUAUGAUAUAUAUUACCAGUGAAGACAAACACAUGGAAAGAUUCGCUGUCCGUGCAAAAUAUAUGACGCUAGAUCCAGCUAAAAAUAAAUAUGUAAAGUACAUAAGAAACAUCAGAACAAUUCAAGACUACCUAACCAAAAGAGCUGACAAACAUCUUGUCCCCAAAGUUAAUAACACCAAUGUUGAUCGAAGUGUAGCAGCAAUCCAUGCAACAGUUUUCAGCUGUCUUCGGAGGCGAGAGGCUGGUGAACCACUUUAUGACUAUGCAACAAAUACAGUGAGUGUGGUUGAUGAGGAGUAUAGGAACCAGUGUGCUGCCAAUUCGUCAAGCUCCAAAGGAAUGUUCCAACUGAUACAGAGGAAAGGUUCCUCUAGGCAUCUGAUGGCCCUUUUAAACACUGAUGGGUCUGUUGCAAAGGCUUGGCCUGUUAACUCAGUGGAUGGUAAUGGGACUGAGAGUGGAAUAGGAACCCCGUGGUAUGGGCCAUUGCAGAUUGGUAAAGCUGAGCCUGUAAAUAUUCCAUUCGGUCACUUUGGAAUCAGUGCUUGGCCUAGCGAUGGUGGGACUAGUCAUGCUGGAAGUGUGGACGAGUCGAGGGCUGAUGGGACUGAUACUGGCAGUAGAUAUUAUUCGUCCUGCUGUAGCUCUCCGAGAAUUUCUGAUGGACCAGCCAAGGAGCUCAAGGAAGAGCAGUCUGUCCAUGGAAGUGAUGAGGAGGUUGAUGAUCCACUGGAGCCGGACACGGAUGAUGAUAUAAGUGAUGAUGAACGUAAACAACUCCAUGAAGAGGUGGGUUCAGUUGAUGAGGAAUCGACAAAGUCGGAUGAGGAAUACGAUGAUCUCGCAAUGCUGGAUGUCCAGGAGAGUGGUUACUGGUCAGACGACGAUGAGGAAAUGAUGGAGAGGCAAGUGCCCAAUCCCAUGUCUCGCUCGGACACCAAGUACAGCGAAAACCUAGAGAGGUUCCUCAGGACCAGGAAUUCUGAGCAACUGUCUGAGCCCUUGUGCUCAUACUCCUCUCUCCUGAUGGAGAAGAAUGGUGACCGGACAUUGCUUCCACCUCCAGGGAAGAUGAAGAAGCGGUCCCUAAGUAUCCCAGCCUUCAGGAAGCAAGGGUCGGUAAUUGGUGACCCGAUUCUCUCUGGGGCUCCACAGAGCUAGUUGAGGAAAAUAAUGAACAGAGUAGUUUUGGUUUUUAGCCUUUUUCUCAUCCAAUUUUCUUCCCUUUCUUCGGAGGCGUAAUCGGGUAGUUAGGAGUUCAUUCCAUUGUACUUGUUCGUGUACUCGUAUCAUAUUGGUGUUUAGAACUGGAUCUUGAUCUCUAAUCCUUUUCAUUUGCCUUCA